AGGGAAAGCCCAAACUGUAAUGCAAUUAAACUGAAUUAUAACACAGCCUCUGCGGGGGAGUCGCAAACACGAUCGAGGGUAUCGAUCGAAGACAUAGGAGCUCAUAGGCUAGUCCCGAACUAAAUAAUAGGAGGUUCAGUUAUUUGGAUGAGUCUCGCCUCGGUUCCGCAGCCUGGGUCCGAGGGGCACGAGAAUCAUGACAACAGAGAUGCGAUCGGAUGGAGCUAGACAGACACCCUUGACGAAAAUGACUCUAGAGGGUGUUAAAAUCACUUGGCGAACAAAAGUAUGUAUAGUCGAGCUUUGUAUAGUACUCACUAGUCCUCUUAGUGUAUUUUGGUCCGAAUUUCCGAUAUCUAGAGUUUCGACUUAAUGAAAGGCGUUUUGAAGUCUCGGCGAGCAUCGACAUGGAUUCACACCAUCGAGUCCAACUUAAAAGUUGAAACACCGUAGGCGCUAUCGGUCUCUCCUGAGUUCUGCUACACCGGAUAUAGGGCGACAAGAUACGAAAUGAGCUGUAUGUUCAAAUUUUAAAACUAGCAAAGCGGAACCGACUGGAAACGCGGCCACGUGACGGACGCGUCCCAUAAAUUGGUAUGGUACGCGUCUUGGCCAUCCUCAUGCCUUCAACGUGGAUGCCACUCCUUGAAUCCAUUUCUUCUACUUCAUCAUGGUAUCCAAUUCUACUACUUCAAGGAACCUUUCAGCGUCGCACCCAAGAAAACGAGUGAAAUGGGAGGUGUGGGUCAACAAUCGGCGUCUCGAUAAUAAGAACAUGCUGAGCCGACGAAACCAAUUAGAUGAGGAAGGGUCUGGAGAUGUCAAACCCAAAGUAGAGUCCGAGCAUGAGACAGAGACUCGUGCUUUCCCGGGAUCCCCUGCAACGGGUACAAGCUUGAAUAUGGGUAACGAGAAAGAACAGAAGCAUUCGACCAUCAAACCAGAACCGACCGAUGAACCCAUUCCUCCUGAGCCAUCAGAAAGUUCCGGCCCAGAGCUAUUGAUAGGGGAAGAGCUGAGCCAGGAAGAAUUCAAUAUGAGGCAGAUUCAGGCGAGCUAUUAUAACCCACAUGCCAAGGUCAAGAAGGACAGUCAACUAGACUUCACCACAGUGCUCGACCGCUUGAAACUCAUAGGAACGGAUGUAUAUCACAUCGAACUGCCAGAUGAGGACAAAUUCUUUACUUUCAAUCGAUUACACAUCACAACAUUGUUUGGAGGCAACUUCGUCUCUACAUUCCCGAAGAUUGAUGCAGAACGUGUUAACUCACACGGAAUCGAUAACUUUGCAUUCCUAAACCUCGAUUUCAACCCUCACGCGCCGAUGCUUCCAGGUGCGCCGGGCCUUUGUUUCGUUUCCAGACGAGCAGGCUUCCGAAAAUGGGAUAGCUAUCUGAGGCUUUUCAUUCCUUUCAAGGGGGAUCAUAAAUGGUGUUAUAUGGGAAACUAUAUGUUCUUGCCUGGGCCAUCUUUGUCAAUUGAAGAAUAUGCAAUGCAGCGGCCACAGUGUUAAAAGAACUUGGGCCAAAAAUGUCAUCGAGAGAGGUUGGGGGGCCGAACUGCUUGCUCGGGUGUAUCUACGCCGUACACUUGGCAGGGAGCCAACCCAACAAGAGGUGAAGGCUGCGAGUACUUCCAAAGAGCGCCGAAGGAUUAAGACGCUCGUUACCGUUGAACAAGUAAUGAAUGCAUACUUCAAAGGUGAAGAGAUACGAAAACGGGACGUUAUUCUAUUCCCAACUUUGCGAAGCUCAAUCAUAAAUUUGUAGGAGCUUGGAGUCUACUGCAUGAAAUGUGUAGGUUACGACUAUGAGUGGCAAGCAUUCCUCCGUCAGACCUAUCCGGUGUUCCUGAAAAACGCGGAAGCGACGCAAGCCAAGAAACGUAGGAAACCCCAGAUUGAAGUUUCUGACUCGGAGCAGACUCUAUUGGAAGUUUCUGUGCCUCGAAAAAGGAAACAAAUGUCACCAGCAAGUCCUCCGCCACAGAACCAUAAUUAUCAAGCGUCGAAGCCUGUUUCGUACGACUUGGAUGAUUUAUCUGAUCUGACAGAACUGCCCGACACCGACGAAGAAGAGGAGUCGGUUGAACAACUACUCUUCGGCAUCAGGGCUGAUGGCCAUGGCCAUGGGGGCGGCGAUGCAGAGCUACGGGCCCCCCGGCCGUCAGGGGGUAGCCCAGCUAGCAUUGUCCUUGACUAGGUUGUUCUGACUACGCACGAAUGCAUUAUGGACUACAUCUAUGAAUAUGUUUUAUGGCCCCUCGGCAGGCACCAUGCCCUGCCAUAGACCUUCCU